ACGGAGGACAAAGAUGCAUGCUGUUUGUUCCUGAAGUCUGUCAGAAUCGCAGCUGCACGUACAGCUGAGCAAGAAGUCAACAGCUUGCGUUGACUUUAUUGUUUGACAAAAUUCUGUGACAGCAGCAGCUUGUUGCAAGCGAAGAUGCAACAACUGCACCAACCUCGAAGCUUGGUUGACGUACCAACCAGCCUCAGCUUGAGAGUUCCAAAUACUACCGAUAGGAGGCUAGUGCCUUGGGCUAAUCUUCAUGGGUCAUGUACUUGCUGCAUUGCCCGUCACCCUGAUGGUAGCGACCAGAUGCAACGUUCAAGGCCUCCGAACUGCAGUGCCUUUCUUCCCACGCCUGCCACAAACUCUUCAUUGCAUUACCGUCUCUACUUCGCUCUCCACAGAUCUAGACUGAGGGAAUCUAGACAGUGCAGUAAGCUGUUUGGUGCGUGUUGGAGCUCUGCCACGGUUCUGUGCCAGAACACCUUCAGCACAUCAAAUGUAUUCUCAGCUCAAGCGAAACAUAAUCGACGUUGUAGCAUCUUCUGUAAACGUGGCGCUCGAUGGGCCAUUGCUUCGAUCAACGCAUGCAACGCCUCACUGGACACUGUGGCAAGUAAUGUAAAGCAUGCACGUGCUCUCCAACAACCACACCCGCAUGAGCUCCUUGGUGCCAUGCCCAAUGUGGGAUUCAGGAGGAACAGCGAGGGUGAAUAUCUUAAUUUGAAGGAGGAGAACGUUCUUCGAAGGUUGGGAAAGUGCUCGGUGCAACUUCAUAACUGGAGCUUGCUUCGCCACACUGUUCUGCGUGUGACCACCAGAUCCCACGGGGUUGAACCAUCUGCAAGGGAUAAGCCUGAGAAUUAUGGCAUUGAUGGAAUUGAACAGCUUUCGUCGGUGGCGGUUGUUGCAGAUUCAUCAGUCGGUGUUUCAGACCACCCGCAGAGAGUUGCAAUCCCUGUUCUCAGGGACGCUGAGAGAUCCUCUGUGGAGGAAGAUAGCUUGCACAUGGUUGAUUGGCCACAACUCUGUGAAUCGGUUGCAGGGUUUGCGUCAACUUCGCUGGGAAACAUGCAGCUUUUUAACCUAUGUCUUCCAGGCACCCAGGAGGAGAGUGAGGAGCUGUUGAAAGAGACAGAAGCAAUGAUAAAGUUGGAAAGCGCAAAUGGGGGUUCCUUGGAGUUUGGGGGCAUUCGAACGGAUAUCGUCUCGAAUGCGAUGGGGCGUGCAAGAAGGCAAACCCCUUUAACUGGUGUUGAGUUGUUGGCUGUGGCCUCCAUGUUGGAGGCUGCACAACAAAUGCGCCGGACAAUCUCCACCGUUGCAGCAGAAAAAAGGGAUGACAAGCAGACUGACACCUCUCUGUUGCCUCUUCUGGCAAUCACCAAGCCAAUCGCCACACACCCAGAAAUCAUCGACGCUGUGAAAAGCACUGUCCACGACGACGACGGAUCGAUUCGCGAGAAUGCAAGUCCUGAGUUAAGGCGUGCAGUCAUACAACGGGAUUCCCUCCGGCAGAAGUUGAGAGAUCUACUCAAUCGCACAGUGUCAAAAUAUGAUAACUCAUCCGGUGUUGUAGAGCAGGGAGGGCGGUUGUGCAUCGCUGUUGGGAUCGCUGGCAGAUCAGUUGACCCUUUGCCGGGCUUGCUUAUUGGCAGCACUGCUGGUGGAUCGACUCUCUACCUCGAGCCGCCUGCAGCGGUUCCUCUCAACAACAAACUGUCAGAGGCUAAUGCGGCUGUUGCAAAGGCUGAAGAGGCAGUUCGCUGGCGCCUGACACAAAGAAUCAUAGACUGUCUUGAUGACGUAGAGUUUGUGCUUAACUCGGUCGUUGAACUUGAUGUGAUCGCUGGGCGGGCACGGUACAGCUCCUGGAUGGGUGGAUGUCGUCCACAGUUUGUGGAUGCCGCUGAGGUUCGUAACAAUGCCGCAAGUUUGUCCCCUAGUAAGAGAGAGGGAGAGAGAGAGGGCAACGAUGCUCAUGGGGAAGCAGUACCUCCGGCAGCAGCUGGGGAGGGGGACGCAGUUGUGGCCAAAGGCAGAGGAACUGCCAAUCCCACUGCGAACGGCGGUACCGCAUGGGUCUUGCAUUUAGAGAAGGCGCGGCAUCCUUUGUUGGUGCAACAACAUCGCGAUGGCAUUCGGAAAGCGAGGGGUCGAGCCAGAAUGAAAGAUCGGGCAGCGAUGAUGGCGAAGAUGAGAGGUGGGGGUCUAUAUGUGGUGAAGGAAGCAGAGCAGACAGCAGCGGAGGCGGAAGCAGAGGCAGAGGCACUGGCAGCCACCCCACCAGUCCCUAUUGAUAUUUGCGUGCAAAGAGGAGUCCGCGUUGUGAUCAUCACUGGACCCAACACAGGUGGUAAGACGGCAUCCAUGAAAACGGUCGCACUUGCGGCACUGAUGGCCAAAGCUGGGCUGUAUGUGCUGGCACAAGAUCCUGUCUGUAUUCCGUGGUUUGACAAGGUGUUGGCAGACAUUGGGGAUGAUCAGUCACUUUCUCAGAGUUUGUCGACCUUCUCUGGCCACAUUCGCAGAGUUAUGAGCAUCAAAAGAGAGACUACGGGCUGCUCCUUGGUCCUUCUCGAUGAGGUGGGUGCGGGUACCGAUCCAGUUGAAGGUGCAGCGCUUGGGAUCUCACUUCUUCAGUCGUUUGCACAAAAUGGCCCGGGCGGUUCUCUUCUAACCAUGUCCACCACACAUCACGGGGAGUUGAAGGCUCUGAAGUAUGUCGAUCGCCGAUUUGAGAAUGCUUCUGUGGAAUUCGAUGAAGACAAGCUUGCCCCAACUUAUCGCCUGCUUUGGGGCAUUCCAGGUCGCUCAAAUGCGUUGAACAUUGCUUGGAAGCUCGGCGUACUGAUGUCGAUCAUUGAUGAGGCAAGACGGUUGCAUGGAUCAACGAACGCAGAGGUGAACGAGGUAAUCAUGAAUCUGGAGAACGAGAGGCGUAGGUAUGAAGGGGCAAUCUCCCAAGCAGAAGAGCUUUUGGAAGAGGCAGAGAGGAUGCACUCCGAUGUCAAGGAGGCUGUGCUGCGGCUGCAAAGGCAUCAGGCUGAAUUGUUGCUGCGAAGAUCAGAUGAAAUCCAGAGUAUCUUUCAGGCAGCACAGUCCUCUAUCCAGUUGUCACUUAGGAAAGCGAGGAACAAACGUCGAAAGCAACUUGCGGCACCUGUGGCAAAGGAGUCCAGUGAAGGACAACAAAGGGAUGAACAACCCAUCGGCAUGGAUCGAACAAGGGCCCCUCCACAACAAGACGCCAACAAUAAAGCUGAUAGCAAGUCCUUGGCAGACCAGGAAACUCUUGGGCAAGAACAAGGCACCAUGGAUAGAGCUGAAGGAGCAGCUGCAACCACAACUUUGUGCAUCCCAAAGGUAGGGGAGACGGUAGUCGUGCAGCGACUGAAAAUGGAGGGGCGUGUCUUGACGGUGUCCGAAGCCAAGAAGGAGGUGACAGUACAGUGUGGGUUCAUGCAAGUGACAGUUAGCUUCAGUGAACUCUCUCCCACGGCCGGAUCGCCAAUACCUACCAAAAAGCAGAUGCAGGAAGCGAGAAACAAGACGGGUGUAGAGUUAAGGGUUGUAGAGAGAAAGGCGGCCUCGACGAGGAGAACCCCAGUUCCUAUCAAGAGGAGUGAAAACACUGUUGACAUUCGCGGUAUGUGUGUCGACGAAGCCAUGGAAUUCCUCGAUGAUGCAAUUGAACGGCUGGGGAUGGAGGGGGAGAAUCAUGCACUUUUUGUCAUACAUGGGAUCGGAACAGGAGCACUCAAAGCUGCAACUCAGAUACAUGUUAGCAUGCACCCACUGGUCAGCAAGGUCGAGGAUGCAGAGGCAAAGCAUGGCGGGUCAGAGCUGUCAGUCCUUGAAUGGCAAGCAACAUCAGUCGCCGUUGAUGACCAAUAUCGAGGUGAAAGGUCGCCAUUGUUUUUGUGUGGGGUUAACGAAGAGCAGAGUGCUGGUGGUGGUGGAGGAGGAGGAGGAGGAGGAGGAGGAGGAGGAGGAGGACGUGGGGAAAGACGCAGAGGGGUGGGGAGGGAGGAGGGGGGGAGUGGCGGGGGGGGCGCUACACUCCAUCAUCAUCAUCACCACCACCACCAUCCGUCUCACGAGUCCACUGCAGCGGCGGCAGCAAAGCUGGAACUGCAGUGUCUGAAUUUCUCGGCCAAUGGACGACCAUACGGAGAUUUUCAGGGCAAUGGACGACCGUAUGGUUGUCUUCAGAUGAAUGGGCUUCAGGCGCAGGAGAUGUUCUUCUGCUUCUCUCAGACCGCUUGUGGUCAAAACCUGGUCUCUCCUCCUACUGCUGGAACCUCAGCUGCCUCAUCAUACCCUGUUGGCUCGGUGCCGCAUUUUAUACAAUCUUUGAAAACCUCUGCAUUGCCAUCCGCGCCAGACAUAGGCUCUGAUGAACUCAUUCUGCUCACUGCCGCUUUCAACGCUGCUGCAGCUCCUGCUGCCAUAGCUGCUGCUGCCACUGCUGCGGCUGCCAACUCUCCACUCUCAGCCGGCAAUCCACCUUUGCUGUCCGGAUCUCCGUCCCAUCUCCUCCCUCCCGCUGUGCAACUUCCUAGUCGGCAUCAUCAUCAGCCGCCGCCGCAGCAAAACUCGCUUUCCCGUCACCGUCAUCAUCAUCACCAUCAUCAUCAUCUGGAGGUGCAAACGAUCCCACAGCAACAGCAGCAACAGCAGCAGGAGCAGCAACAGCAACAACACCCGCAGCAACAGCAGCAACAGCAGCAACAGCUGCAGCAACAGCCGCAGCAACAGCCGCAGCAACAGCCGCAGCAGCGGCAGCAACAAGAACACAAUCGUCAUGACAGAUUGCCCCAGUUCUGGUCUUCUUCACCACGGUCAAAAUAUUCCACGGCUCCCCCUCCCCCGCAUCCCACUCCACCUCCUCCUCCACCUUCUCCUCUGUCCCACACUCCUCAAGUUCAGCAACAAGAUGUGCAGGGUCGUCAGCAGCAGUUGGCCUCUCUGCAGGGGUCCGACAAUGCUCCGCUUGUGUCUUCAGGAUUCUGUGGGGAGUCAUCUCCUUCAUCCCGAGUGCGUGGGGUGUCUUCUCCUAUCCCUCCGCCAUCUCCUGUCUCACCGAUAUCAUCUCUUCCACAGGAUCGAAGGAGCCCUUUCUCUCCAGCUGCGGUGAACUCUGGGCGUGGGGUUGGCACGGGUGUUGGUGGCAGCGGCGGGGGGUUGAUCCCCACCAAUCGCGGUGCUGUGGGAUUUGUUGAGGGACAAGAUGAUGUCCUGGUCUCUAAUCCUCACCACCUCCACUCUCUUCAUCAUCUGCAGCUUCAUCAGCAUACCAAUAUCAUCAGCAACAAGGGCAAUGGGGUUGAGGGCGGCAUCAAGUUUUUACCCGAUUUAGAAAGACCCUGUGAGAGUGUGGAAGAGAAAGUUGCCAAUUGGGAUGACCGUGGUGCCCUGGAGGCUUAUCAAGCAGUUCUCACCAGGGAAAGGGGAUUGCCAGGGCCACCACCACCGGGACCUGGCCUUUAUACCCACGAGGUUGAUUGGAGUGAUCUAUCUAGCAACCCCGCAGGCCAUGAGGACCUGCCAGAUUCCGCUGAGGAGUUGAAUGCCAGGCUGGCUAGGAGAAUCUCUUCUCCCAGCAAGAGGAGGCGAAAGAAACAGCCAUCGUCACAACAGCAACCAUCCGCUCAGCAGCAGCAGCAAGCGGCACUGCAGCAGCUGCAGCAGCCGCAACAACCGCUAUCUGAACGUCAUGAGCAGCAGAUGUCUCCGCAUUGUCAUCAUGAUCGUCAGCAGCAGCAAAAGAAGCAGCAGAAGCAGUACGGGGAAGGGGGGGAGCGGGGAGGGGAGGAGGAGCAAGGACGGGCAGGAAAGAAGCUUCAGGAGCACGAACAGCAGCAGAAAGAGCUGACGGAGCAGAAACAGCAGCUGGAAGCUGGGGUGCUGCUGGUACCGACUGUCCCAGUGAAGACAAAAUGUGCAAUAACUGGCCCUUCAUUGUCUGCCCAAGUAUUUGCCUCCUCUUCCUCUAAAGCUGUUCCUACUGCCCUGCUCAGCGCUGCUAGAGCUGAGCGCGAGCCCAUGCUGGCCCCUUUGCCACCCGUACUCCCUGCCUCUCCUCUUCCUCCUCCAACUCCAUCCUCGAUGGCAAUCGCAGCAACGUUGCAGGAGAGCCCGUCCCCUGCCCUCCGGUUGACGUUGGAAUCACUUAAUGUAAAAGAUAAUGUGGAGCAGGAGCGAAGUCACAGUGGUAAAAAUUUUACCCAAAAAGCCAGUUCACGGAUGUGGCCAGGCAGAAUUGCAGAGGCCGCACAAGAGGCUGGGAAAGAGUUAGAGAUGGACUUUGGUCUGGGAACUGCCUGGGUGGGAGGAAUGGGACAAACAGAAAAUGGGAUGGGAGCCUCAAGGGACAAGCUGUGGUGGGAGCGUGAUGGAAUGGGCUUCUGCACGCUGAAUACAGCUACUGAUCAGUGGAAUGAUCGUGGUGAGCUGGAAACUGAGCGAAGAGGGUUAAGCUUCUGGUCAAAUGCACAGGAGUAUCCAGUGAGGGAUGGAGAAGGCAAUGGUGGCGGUGAUGAGGCCCUGAGAGUGGGGAAGUACUGGGGCUAUAAUGGUGAUGCACUACAGAAUGGCGUGUCUCAGGUGCCACAACCCAUAGGUGUGACUUUGGGCAGCAGGGAUGACCAUAACUUGGAGGGGGGAUUGGGCGCAGAAGCGGAGGCAGCAGGAGGUGCAUGGGUUUGGAGCUUCAGUCCGACAAGAGCCUGGGGCACAACAGUUACAGGGAUCGACUGUGGGCAACAGGUGGCUGGGCCUUGUGCAGAGGCUAUGAAGACUGUUUCUAAGUCGUUGCAGCCUUGUAGUGGUGCGCAGUCGUGUGUGCCUGCAGUGUUCAACAGAAUCUCGCCAAGUGCUCAGCAGGAGUUGCUGUGCAGCGAUGUUCUGCACAAUAGCUGCCAGCAGCAGAUGUCAGGUAGUGGUUUUGCGUUCAGCCAGCAUCCAAUAACAAGCCAGGUUAGUGAUCACCCCCAGUGGCCAGUUGGGGCAACAGAUGGCACCAGGGACACCGAGGUCCCAAAAUCAAGAGGGGGUUCUCGAGGAGGUAGUGCGAACCUCACAGGUGUGGGAUCCAGGAAUAUGAAUGGAGAUGGCGGCUCCGGCAUCUUGGGAACGGGUCAUAAUGGGAAUGGGGUGCUGGUUGACCCUGGGGGGAAGGCGAAAAAUGCAGGUGCAGGUGGGUCGGCAUUUAGAGGCAUGUGGAAUGGACGCAGGGGAGGUGGGAAACAGCAAAAUGGUGGUGGGACCUCUUCAGGGGUUCCUCUACAGGUGGCCAAGAAUGGGUGGAAAGUGGAGGGACCGGUGAAAGGGGGCGUGGGUUCAAGGCAUCUGAAACAGGCGGUUGUGGAAGGGAUGGACUCUUCAGUUGGAGGAGGGCAUGCUGCCCCAAGCACAGCGCAUACAGUUGGCACUACAGGUCAGCUGCUGGGUUCACGUGGUGUACUGCAGGUGCAACAACAGAAACAUCAACAUGUCCCCGUAAAACAGUCGCAAGGAGCAGCUAGUUUGGCAGCGUUGAACAAUAUGAGAAGCCCUCCUCUGGAAGGGAUGAAUUUGAGCCAAGAGGAACGUGCGGCUGUUAUCAAAAGGCAUGGAGUGAUCAGAGUAUCCACAACGAAAGGGAAGGUGGUCUGAAGCUCUUGGCAAUGGAUCGGCGUAAGAAUCUGGAAUAGGGAGGGAUGUGGUGUUAGGUAUGUUUUGCCCUUCAACUCGGGGGAGAGGGCGGGCGGAUGGGGUCCUGAGGGGGAGAGAUGUACAGUUUGGAAGGGCUUGGGGGGGGGGGGGGGGGGGGCUCUCUGUCAAGUGCGUGAAUCGGUGAUGUUUUGACACAUAUCCACCGUCGGAAUGAUGCGGUGAGAGCAAGGGUGAGGUUAUGUUGCGGUGAGGCAGGGACAGGGUAGCUCACAUUUCUUGUGAGUGCAGCAGAGAGUGGGAUGGGUGGCAGGCGGGGGGUUAUUGGGGAGUGGGAAACGGGCUCGUUCAUGAUGGAGGCAAAGGAAGCGGCAACGCUAUUGGGCGCCUUGCCAUUCUAGAAUCCAUCCUGCCACACAAUUCUUGCAGCAGAACCUUGACCGACUUGAUCGGCGUUGUAUCGGCAGGGUGAAGUGGAGGGGUGGUGGUGGAGGGACUUGCAUUGCAAUGUCCGGUGAGAGAUUGUUUGUGCAGAGGAGCUUCUGUAGGUAGCUACGCUCAGUGUUCUGAUUUGCUGAACAACAUUACAAGAUGGAGGUGGUAUGAAGACUCCUCAAGUGUAUAGAUGAGUUUUUCGCUUUGUUCUAUUUAGUGUGCUUGUGGAUGGCAGUGAGUGUUGGUAGUGACAAACAAGGACGGAAAUAUGGAAGCACUGCCAAGGCUGGGAAGAGGAGAAAUGCCGGAGGCGAGGGUAGGGUAGGGGCGGGUACGGCUGGACUUCUGAGGCAGUCAGCCACCCCCGGGGGGGUGUGGGGUAGAGGGCUGUGGGCAGCGGUAAUUGGGUGGAAAGUAGCUGAGAUGGCUGGCUGUAUGACCACGAGAGCAAGAGAGAGAGAGAGAGAGAGAGAGAGAGAGAGAGAGAGAGAGAGAGAGAGAGAGAGAGAGAGAGAGAGAGAGAGAGAGAGAGAGAGGUGGGCUAAUGUGAGUUAGAUGCAUUGUAUUGUAGAAAGCAGCUAGUAUGGAGAGUGGUUCUGUCCUUGAGGUUCGGAAUUGAUAGGGAAGCUGUGGAGCCAUUGCAUGUGCUUGCAAAGCUGGAUGUCUGAAUUUGUAUAUUUGGGGCUGGGAUCGAUCGGAUUCUUGAAGCAGAGAUCGAUCUUACAGGCAACCAUUUCCUUCUGGACGUGCUGAGCAUGGCUUAAGAGGUUGGAGGUGAUGGCACAAGGGCAUAUCCCCCCUGAAGAUGUGAUUCUGAAUAUGCGUCUGCGCUCAGCGAUGGAAUUUCUACAGGAACUUGAUAGUUGCAUUAUGACACUGCGGUUUUAUGGAACAGGGUGCUCGUCAUUUGUAGCGCAGGCUGGGAGAUGUUUAUGCUUCUCUGUGCUCCCUUGCAGAAGAGGACGGGGAUGUCAGCGAGGUCUUGCUGGACUCUUGGAGGAGGUGGAGGAUAGACUAUUUAUGGAUAUAGAAGAGUGCAGCAUUAUAUUUUGUUGUGUUUGGGACGAGAGGAUCUCAUGUAGAAGCACCUGGUUGGAGGGUUGGACUCACUUCCUUGAAAGGGAGGGUGGGGAUGUUUGCGAGGCCCUAGGAAACCACUUAAGGUAAGCAAUGGCCUGCAUGCCUAGAAUGGUGAAGUUUGAGUCAAACGUAUUGCUGGGGGCGGGCGGAACUGGUUCGAAUGGUUGACGAUGCUGGUUGCCGCCAGUAGGGCAUUCGGACCAGCUGGUGGGAUGUACCUCAUGCUUGCGACUUUCUCAGAGAGGGUUCUUUCUAUCUCUGCGAGAGGCAAGGAAGGGCCUGCAUGCCUAGAAUGGUGCUGUCUGAGUCAAAAGAGCUGCUGGGGGCGGGAACUGGUUGAAAUGGUUGACGAUACUGGUUGCCAAUAGCAGGGCACUUGGACCAGCUGGUGGGAUGCAGUUGAUGAAUGUCUCGACUCUCUCAGAGAGGAUACUUUGCGGGUGAGUACUGCAGUAAAGGGUAAUGGUUAUG